UCGAGUAUUUACAUUUCUUUUCUGUUGGCUUUCUCCCAUGUUUGAGCCCUUUUCCCACUCUCUCGUUCUUAUCAUUUUAUCCUUUCAUUGUCCCCUUUUUUUUUAUUCAAUCAUCCCUUCGCGAGUAAUUCAUUCACUCACUCAUUCAUUCACUGUGUCCGUUUGAUCUUUGGGACCCUCCUCCCAACGUCACAGCAGCCCAGAGAGAUGCGAUUCAAGGCUGGGGAGGCUUCAAAUUCAAUUGAGGGUUGACAAGCAGAGCAGAUUAAUUGGUUAACUAAACAAAAAAAUACAAGGAGAGUGUGAGAGACGAUUAAAACGAAUGAUAACAGCAAGGGGAAGAAGAGAUUGGUUGUGGCGCUGGACAGAUUGCAGCAGUGAAGUUAAGAUUUAAAACAUUGUAUUGUUACGCUUAAGAGCUCGCUGCAUUUAAGGAAAACGUCUGUGACUCGACGCAGAAGUGUACGGCAAAAACUAAGACUAAAAAAAAGACGGUGGACUAGAAAUCAAAGCCAAAUUAACAAUACGGACACGUGAGUGCAGCAGUGCAAGGAUAUUUAAAACUGAGUUGGAUAUGCACUUGAAGAGAGGAGUGAGACGCACGUAUCAUUCACAUCAGUGGGAUUAGCCACAUGGACACUUAAGUGGCGAGCGAGUAACAAAUAUGUUUUAAAUUAUCACCACAAAAAUAACGUUAUAUUCAACGGGAUGGAGAACAAGCUGAUCACUGACGAAUGCUAGUCCUGAAAAAAACAAAACAAACAAACAAAAAACGAUAAACGCUGGAUACAAACAAUAGAAAGCCGUUAAAUGCGAAUAGCCACAUCACGGUUAGAAAAUAUAGAGGUUAUGUAUUUUUCACACCGGUCUAUUCUUCUACCAAGAAGUUAACAAGAACCAAUUAAGGAGCUUUCCAGAGAGAGAUAAAUAAAUUGUUCAUAAACUAGAAGAGUGAUCAGAGAUCUCUUGAGAGAAAACGAACACCGUAGACUCCGUUCUGUGCAGAAGAUCUCAAACUCAGUACAUCGAUUGUUGUUAAACUGAGGUCAGUUUGUUUGUAUUGGAAAAAAUGCAACAGAUCAGAGGAAAGAGGUUUCUGCUGCUCUGUGUCGUCUUCAUAUUUUACCUUGCUUUGGUCAGGGGGUUCCCCGUUAAAAAGCAUAAAAACAGCACCCCUAAGGUCAGAAGCAACACGUUUAUGGAGGUUAAAGGCCAAACAGCCUCCACAGAGACACAGCGAGUUUUGGAAAUAAUGCAGCAGAACAACCAGGUUAAGAGCUGGAAGAGGAGCCUUCCACGCCGUCACAAGCGCAGGUGGUCCCAGCAGCAGCGAGUGAGUGAGAUCCAGAGCCAGUCCAAGGCUGACCUGGAGGAAACCAACCCCUUUGUUCUGGAUCUCAAGAAUUUUCCAGGUCUAGCUAACGCAGACCUCGACUCUCAAAACCCCAAUAUUCAGGUAACCAUUGAGGUUGUGGAUGACCCUCAAGCUGAGUUUGAGAUGGAUCUACAUAAAGGAAGCCGGAAUGACUGGUCCUUGUCCUCUGCUGACUGGCUGGAUAAAAAGGAAGUGUUCUGGCCCUUGUUCUGGGGAUACCCUGACUCCUCUGAGGACAGUACUGGAAGAAUGAGCACCGAGGAUUACCCUGUGGAGUAUGACAGCGAAGAAUCGGUACUGAGUGGAGUAGGAGACUGGGACAGAAGAUGGCCAGUACACAAGGGAUGGGGUUCCAAGGACAUCUACGAGUAUGAAGAAGAGGAGUGGAGUGCCUGGUCCCCCUGCAGUGCCACAUGUGGCACUGGGAACCAGAAGCGCAUGCGAUCAUGUGGUUAUGCCUGCACUGCGACAGAGUCCAGAACCUGCGACCUGAUCCGCUGUCCAGGAAUUGAAGAUGAUAUGAAUGCUGUAUCAGAUCUCAUGCCGUAUGAAACGGAAAACGGCACAGAGCUAUUUGAUGCAGAUGUCGACAGCUGUGAAAAGUGGCUCAACUGCAAAAGUGACUUCUUAAAGAAGUACCUUCACCAAGUGCUGACAGAGCUGCCCAGCUGCCCAUGCAGUUACCCAUCAGAAGCUGUCUACAGCACAGUUAACAUCUUCGACAAUAAGCAAGGGAAGACCUACCGAUGGCGGGAUGCAAGCGGCCCCAAAGAACGACUGGAUAUUUACAAACCCACGGCCAGGUUCUGCGUGCGCUCCAUGCUGUCCCUGGACAGCACCACUCUGGCUGCACAGCACUGCUGCUACACUGGUGAAAUGAGACUGAUCACCAGGGGGAAGGGUGCAGGUGCCCCCAAUCUUAUCAGCACAGAGUUUUCACCUGAGCUGCAUUACAAAGUGGAUGUGUUACCAUGGAUUUUAUGCAAAGGGGACUGGAGCAGGUUUCAUUCAGUACGGCCACCCAACAAUGGAAUGGAGUGUGCUGAAAACCCACCAGAGGAUGUUUACAUGAACGAGCUGGAGGAGGCAAGGGAAUAUUAAAUUGUAACACAAAAAGGCAACUAUUCCAUAAACCAGGUUCCAUACUGUUGCACAACUUCAAAUCUCCAAAAGUAGCCACCAGCUCCAGCAUGGAAAACAACAUAUUUUUCUUAAUCGUGGAAUGGUGAUUCGUGUGUGUAUCGCUGUAACUCCAGGUCUUACUAAUGGAAUUGCAUUGGUUCAAGUUACUGUCCAGACAUCCUUUUUUUUUUUUUCUAAACCCUUGAUUUUACUUUUGUCCAUUGAAGAUAAUGGUUGAUAUGACUUUUUUUUUCCCGAAAGUAAUAGACUUGUAAGACUGGAAACUAAAUGUGUUACUGUAGCCACUGACCAAGGAAAUUGGUUUGAAGUUAAUUUUGAAACAUUUGUCACCCUUAACAGACAAACAGCGGUAGCAACUAAAACUGCUACAUUUCUUCACAGAUUGUUUGCUGCUACAAAGUGACCUUGGAUUCCUGGGGUAAAAAGCAGUAGCAUGUUGUUAGCUUGACACCGUUGGUAAAAGUAGACACUUGGCAAACAGUUCCUUGUUUCAGCUUCCAAGACAUAAACUCUUACUGGCACAUCUCCUAUCCAGAAUAAGUUAACAGAUCAUUAGCAGAUACUUCACAUCAUAAGUUAUACAUAUGUAUCCUUUCCUCCUUUUACAAGGGCAAAAAGCUACCCCUAGGGUGAUCUAUCCCAUUCUAUUGGCUUCUAGCAUUCGCAGAGGGAACCAGGCAGUCCAGACAGUGUUUUAUAUCAAAUUUGCCUGGCACACAGUUUAUUAUUCAUCAUGUUAAAUCCUGACUAAAAUUAGUAAUAUCAUAAUAGCACAAAACAUGUGUAAAAUGAAGCAGAAUUCAGGUACCUUCAAAAGAAGAACUUGGAGCCGUCAAGACUGUUCCACUGUUUGCUUAAUAAAGCUGGUGCAGAUGCCUACAGAAUAGCCUUGUAGUAACAGUAAAUGUUCUUGUGAAUUCUCCUAUUUUUCCUUAUUAACAAAAAAUGAACCGUCACUUACUAGUUCAUGCAAAUUUGAAUGAACCUCAGUAACUGCGAUUGACAAAACAAACCUUGUAUAACCCUUGCCAUUUACUUGGCCUUAGGGCCAUAUUAAAUUCUUAGAUAUCAUAAGUCUAAUUGUACUCUGUUGUAUUUUUUUUUUUAUCUAAUUCUCAAAUAUGAAAAAGACAUAGAUGAGAACUCUGUGUUCCCAAUGUAGUUAAUGUCAGUACCUGAGAUGUACCUGAGUUUCAGUAAAUGAAACGGUAGUAUUUGCUUAGAUCACCAGAAGUCGUCCCUGUUCUGGUGAAAGUUAUGUUGGCAAACUUGUUUUUUAGGAGGGCUUUGUGAUACCAGCUGUUGGAAGUGGUUAUCUGAAGCCAGCCCAGUUUGUCAGAUAGGAUGUCCCUUAAAUAUCUGAGUGAUUCUCUAAACCACGAACAAAUAGCUCUGUUUAUAUAGGAAUUGUUCUUUUAAUGGUAAAGCACUAUUGAAGGAUUUUGUUUGUUCGUAGGGUGGUGUUUUUAAAGCAGUUAUGUGUUUUUUUACUUUGCCAACAGCAUUCUGAUGAAUCCAGUAAGUAGCUUUGGUGUCUUUUCCCCCAACUUUAAGGUUUAUAUUGAUGUUACAGAUGUUUAGAUUUAUUUAAAAAAAAUCUAUUUACAGUAUAGAAGGCAAUGUUUUAUAUACAGUGGGUUUCAUGUGAUUAAUCUGUAAAACACAUGUUGGUAGUUUGGUAAAUUUAUUAAUGUGACCAACAUGGGCUUAUUAGAAAAUAAAUCUCUCCCUCUCUCUCUCUCUCUCUCUCUGUGUAUUUUGAAAUCCAUUUUUAUUUACUGUUUGAAAUAACUUAAUUUUUUUUUAAGUGUACUUAAAUACAACCAUGUGGCUGGCUAGCAGUUAGCAUAAUCAUAGUCCUGACAGAAUUAUUUCCUACUUUUGUGCAAAAACGGUUCUUUAGUAGUUGAUAUGGGGACCUUUUUGAGAGUAUUGCUUUUAACAGAUACCAGAUGCUGAAAAUGUUGGGCUGUGAAACUUGGAAAACCUGUUUUUAAACAUCUGCUUAUGCUGGUUUACAAGCAAGGGGGCAUUAUUGCAGUAACCAGGGGAAUGUCGAACUUUAAAUUUUUAACCAGUGGACUGGUUUGAGUUUAACCAACUAUACAUAUUCUGUGAUGUUGUACCAACAUGUGUAGUACAUUGACUUUACUGAGAAUUGAAACAGUUUGAUUUGGAUUGGUUUCUGGUGAAGGGCUUGUUUUAAAACCAUUUCCCCUCUUCCUUGUCAUCUGAGAGGGAUGGAGCUGUUUCAUUUUUAAGGUCGGCCAGCAUUUAUUGACCCAGGAAACCACAAGAGUCAUGAAUUGAAAUCAGAUUUUAGAGAAAAUAUCUGUAUGCCACCAUACAAUUGUUCUGAUCCUCCUUGGACUAUACCUGCUUUAUUACAAAACAUGCUUUUUUAAAAAUGUUGUUUUCAAUCCAGGGAUUAAACUGGUAUGUGAAUCUACCGCUUAUCUAUUAGGAAGUGCAUGAUCUCAUACACAAAUACACUGUCAUUGUCUUUGUAUUAAUUCUAAUUAUUUGAAUAAAAUGCUUAAUCAUGAUAGUAAAAGCAUUUCACAAUUAAGGGCAGUGUUUAGUUAAUUUGAUCUCCUAUUGCUACAAUCUAGCAUGAAAAGUGUUUGAAUACAAAUUGAACUUGAAAGUUUACAUGUAUCACAAGCUUCUGUCAGGAAGGAAAAAGUAGAUGACAUGUUAUCAAAUUUUGGAGGAUAACUGUUUUUUUUUUUUUUCUUCAAGAAAGGCACUUUAUUUAAAUAUAUACCAACAUUUUGUGAUUUGUGUUUGUUUUUCUAUUGUAAAGGGAUUACUUGCAAAAAUGCAGCAUUUUCUGUGUUUUUUAAAGGAUGUUUAUGUAAUGUAAGUAUGUUAUAGCAUGAUGUAUUUUUUUUUUUUAAAUUGGUAUUAGAUAUAUUCAUGUACAGUAUUUAUUGUCCACUGUUAAAUGAUUGCUUAAGCUUUGAAUUAUUCAAAUUAUUAUAUGAUACUGAAGGUGCACUGUUGAAAAUGAAUAAUACAUUUCUAAAGGGAUCUCUAUUAUGUGAAAAGGGAAGCCAUUUGCAUACAGUACAC